GACAGCACGCUCGUUAGGGCCGUAGGUGGACUUCGUGCCCGCUUGGCCGUGAGGGGAGACAGGCAUGGCUGCGGGCGUGGCUGACCACCUGCCCUUCUUCUUCGGCAACAUCACCCGGGAGGAGGCCGAGGAUUACCUGGUCCAGGGCGGCAUGAGCGACGGGCUCUACCUGCUGCGCCAGAGCCGCAACUACCUGGGCGGCUUCGCCCUGUCGGUGGCGCACGGGCGCAAAGCACACCACUACACCAUCGAGCGGGAGCUGAACGGGACCUAUGCCAUCGCGGGCGGCCGGGCGCACGCCAGCCCCGCCGAGCUCUGCCUGUACCACUCCCGGGAGUCCGAUGGCCUGGUCUGCCUCCUCAAGAAGCCCUUCAGCCGGCCGCCCGGCGUGCAGCCCAAGACUGGGCCCUUCGAGGACCUGAAGGAGAACCUCAUCCGGGAGUACGUGAAGCAGACCUGGAACCUGCAGGGCCAAGCGCUGGAACAGGCCAUCAUCAGCCAGAAGCCUCAGCUGGAGAAGCUGAUCGCCACCACCGCCCACGAGAAAAUGCCCUGGUUCCACGGAAAGAUCUCGCGGGACGAAUCGGAGCAGAUUGUCCUCAUAGGAUCGAAGACAAACGGAAAAUUUCUGAUCAGGGCCCGGGACAACAACGGGUCCUACGCCCUGUGCCUGCUGCACGAGGGCAAAGUGCUGCACUACCGCAUCGACAAGGACAAGACGGGCAAGCUGUCCAUCCCCGACGGGAAGAAGUUCGACACGCUCUGGCAGCUAGUGGAGCAUUAUUCUUAUAAGCCAGAUGGUUUGUUAAGAGUUCUUACAGUUCCGUGUCAAAAACUUGGCCAAACAGGACAUGUUAAUUUCGGAGGUCGUCUGCAGUUUCCAAGCGCCAACCCUGCGACUUGGUCCGCGGGCGGAAUCAUCUCCAGGAUCAAAUCCUACUCCUUCCCAAAGCCUGGCCACAGAAAGGGCCCAGCACCUCAGGGGAGCCGGCCAGAGAGCUCCGUGACCUUUAAUCCCUACGAGCCAGAGGCGGGACCCUGGGCUUCGGAGAGAGAAGCCCAGAGGGAAGCCAUGCCCAUGGACACGGAGGUGUAUGAGAGCCCCUACGCGGACCCGGAGGAGAUCCGGCCCAAGGAAGUCUACCUGGACCGGAAGCUGCUGACCCUGGAGGACAAAGAACUGGGCUCCGGUAACUUUGGCACCGUGAAGAAGGGUUUCUACCAGAUGAAAAAGGGUGUGAAAACGGUGGCCGUGAAAAUCCUGAAGAACGAGGCCAACGACCCGGCGCUGAAGGACGAGCUGCUGGCGGAGGCCAACGUCAUGCAGCAGCUGGACAACCCGUACAUCGUGCGCAUGAUCGGCAUCUGCGAAGCCGAGUCCUGGAUGCUGGUCAUGGAGAUGGCGGAGCUCGGUCCGCUCAACAAGUAUCUGCAGCAGAACAGGCACGUCAAAGAUAAGAACAUCAUCGAGCUGGUCCAUCAGGUUUCCAUGGGAAUGAAGUAUCUGGAGGAGUGCAAUUUUGUACACAGAGAUCUGGCUGCAAGAAAUGUAUUGCUUGUUACUCAACAUUAUGCCAAGAUCAGUGACUUUGGACUUUCCAAAGCACUUCGUGCCGAUGAAAACUACUACAAGGCGCAGACCCACGGGAAGUGGCCGGUGAAGUGGUACGCCCCGGAGUGCAUCAACUACUACAAGUUCUCCAGCAAGAGCGACGUCUGGAGCUUCGGGGUGCUCAUGUGGGAAGCGUUCUCCUACGGGCAGAAGCCGUAUCGGGGGAUGAAAGGAAGUGACGUUUCCGCCAUGCUGGAGAAAGGAGAGAGGAUGGGGUGCCCCGUGGGGUGUCCGAGAGAGAUGUAUGAGCUUAUGAACCUGUGCUGGACUUACGACGUGGAGAACAGGCCCGGGUUCGUGGCGGUGGAACUACGCCUGCGCAAUUACUACUACGAUGUGGUGAACUGAGGCCCCCCGCCUGGACCCACCACCAGUGAGCAGAUGCGUCCUCUCCGGCAGACACCUCACAACCCCACAGUGCUUUGAUUCUGAGUCUCCGCUUUCCCCCUCCCGCCGGGAGAGCCAGCCUCAUGGGGACACGCCCGUGACUGUGGUUCCCAGAGCCUGUCCCGGAAGCUACCCUCCGCAGAACAAACGUGGCCUGCAGCGCGUGGGAGAAGGGCGGACAGCAGGGCCGCAGGGACCCGUUCGCCUGUAUCUCUCGUCUGGGUGGUUCUCACGCAGGCCUUUUCAGGACCUGUGUCCAGAUGUCCCUGCCGUCUCUCCAGUUCUCUGGUUCCUGGGCUGCCUCUGGCGCCCGGAGCCUGGAGCUAUGCCCAGGUGCAUGGAGGUCACUCACCCUGCGUGCUCAGCCUCCACAGGGCCAGGGGCCCCGGGGUGCCCACCGUGGGGGGCCGGUGGGGACAGGAGAGGGGAUUUGGCUCGAACAGGCUGCCUGACUUAUCCUGCCCCUGGAAAGCUUUCCCGACGGUAAAGUGCUUUGAAGCUUAAAACGUCAAGUUCUACCUGCGAUUUGGAAGGCGGAGCCCGUCCAGGGGGACGGAGCCUGCUGCUGCGUUCGCCCUCUGCGUUCUGAGCCAGGAGCCUCGCGUCUGCGCGCGUGCGGCGCGGGCGGGAAUCGGCGGCUCGCUGACCCCGGAGCCGCACCUCCGCGGAGACUGCUGCAGCGGGACGGUGCAGGAAAGGGACGGAGGACCCGCAGGGUGCUGUGAGCUGCCCCUGCUGUCUAGCUGGUGAGGUCCGUGCUUCCUCAACCUGAAGAGAGGAUGCGGCCGGAGCUCCUGUUCUUUUCUGUAUUUGUGGUGGGGCCGCCCUGCGGGCCUCUGCAGAUAAAGAUGAGUUUCUAAAGAAAGUGUUAAUUCAUAAUAAAGUCACAGACCCUGCUCCUCACCACAAGGAGGCUUCAUUGAGUGUGAUUUUGAUACAAAACCCAAGAGUUAUUACCUAGUCCCCUAGUGUUAGUCAAUCCUUAACUAAUGUUUGAUCUUGUGCAAGUCAUCAGCCACUGAGCAUCCGUUUUGGUGCAGCUGUGGAAUCAGAGCUGGUCAGCCACCCUUAGAUCAGUCGAGGCGCACACUCAGACUGGCUGAUCUUCAGCUCCCCUGAGACGCUGAAAGCGCACCCCAGCCGUGAGCAGGGGGGGCCUGUCCCUGAUGGGGCAGCGAGGCUUGGGGACAGCAGUCCGCCCGCGUGCUCGGCCAGAAGACACCGCUGCUCUCAGAACGUCUGCGGAGGGCGUUCCAGAACAUUCACGUCUCGUAGAAUUGUGCUCGCUGUGGUUUCGUAACUGUGAAAGAGGAUGCCCGUGUGCUGAGCACACUCAGAACAGUGGCAAUACCCUUACAGAUCCUGAUUUAAAAAGGCGAAUGACGCCCGGCCGGCGUGGCUCAGU